AAUAUCUUCCAUGAAUACCCUAAUUCCAACGUAUAGUACACGACAAUUACACAAUUUUACAUUCAUAAUAUACGUAUUUUACACUAAAUAUAAACGUAAUUAAAAAUAAAUUUUACACGGGUUUCACACCAAAAUUAUAAGAAACAUAUUAUACGUAUGAUACACGUAUUGUUGUCUACUGGAUAGUAAAUCAUAUUGAACACUGCUAGACAAAGACUCUUCAAGAGUCACAAGAGUUACAAGAGUAUUAAUUUCAGAAUUAGGAUUUUGGAUUCGAGAACUAUGUAAAGUUUGUAUGUAAUAUUAAACAUUAUAUAUUUAUAUAUAAAAUAAAAAUCUAUGAAAAAUUAAUACAUAUUAAGUACAUAAUAUUAUGUAUAAUAUGCAUUAUGCAAUUCCGCGUCACUAUGGUUACUGUUGUAACAACAUUUCCAAAUCACUCACACAAGCCUGCUGCUUGUAUUUCUGUUUAAAAAACGUGCAUGUGUAUAAGUUCUAAAAAAAAUUGAGUAUAAUAUGUUUAUUUAAUAUUAUUAUGUUAGACAUUAUUUGAGAUAUUUAAUUUUAUUGCGGUAAUUUUUGUUUGUUUUCUUUUCUAAAAAUAAUAUGCGUUUAAAAUCAACAAUAUCCCAUGAUAAUACUGAACCGACAAUUAACUGUAUAAGCUGGAUUGGAAAUGAUGAAAUUUUGAUUGGAAGAGAUGAUUGUACAUUGUCCAAGUGGAGUCAGGCAACUAGAGAAACCCUUAAACUUUGUAUUUUACCAGAAAAGUCAUCUCCUGUUGACUUGGACGUUUUACUGAGUAGCCAAAAGCUCACAAAUAAAGCAACUGGCAAUGAACAAGUUCUUACUACUACUUCAGAUGGUAAGCUUUAUUUAAUGAAUAAAAUCACAAAGAUUGACAAAGCUAUUGACGCACACGAAGGAAUCGUAUCGGUUGGAAAAUGGAGUCCCGACGGUUCUACUUUAUUAACAGCCGGAGAAGAUGGCAACAUUAAGAUAUGGUCACGCAUCGGAAUGCUGAGAACGAAGCUGGUAGUGAACGGAGAACCGAUAAUGUCUGCCGAUUGGAAUUCAGAUUCUUCGAAAAUCGUUUACACACAACACGAUGCGAUUUGUAUAAAAUCGUUAAAACCAAACGUCAAAACCAUCAGAGUACGAGCUCACAGCAAUCUAGUGCUUAAGGUAUCAUGGGGCAAAACUAACGAUUUGAUAGUCUCGGGUGGCGAAGACUGCUGUUAUAAGAUUUGGGAUUCCUAUGGAAAUUCUGUAUUCAUCAGCGAAAUGUUAAAGCAUCCGGUUACUUCAGUUUGCUGGAAACCCGACGGAAAAUUGUUGGUAGUUGGAUCAUACAACGUCAUUUUACUCUGCAACCAAUUUGGUAUUAUUCAAUCGGUCAAUCGUGUAGAAUGUGGUAGUAUAAGAGAGUUUAGUUGGUCACCAGAUAGCACACAAGUAGCUUCAGCAUGUGCCAAUGGCAAACUAAUGGUAUCUACGAUUGUAGAAAGGAGUGUCUCUCACAAAAAUGUUCAAUGUUUGGUGACGUCCCGAAAGACAAUGACCGUAAAGGACGUGCUGAACGAGACGAAAGAAAAUCUUGAUUUUCCUGAACGAAUUAUUCAUGUAUCUUUAAAGCACAACAACUUGGUCGUUAUAACUUGCACACAGUGUUUCGUGUAUAGAAUACCAAACUUAAACACUCCGCAAAUCAUCAGCUUAAAAGACCCCAAUGUAUUUAGAGUGAUUUUAAGCGAAAAGAAUUUUGCUAUAUUUUCUAAUUCGAGCGUUAGCAUUUAUACGUAUGACUGUAAACUGGUGUCGUGUCCUAAAUGGCCAAACAUGCAAUGCGAUGCAAUUCAAGAAAAUCACUUAUCCAUGUCUACUGAUUUAUUAGCCGUCCGAGAUCAGCUAAAUGAUAAAAUGGUACACAUAUUCGAAAUUACUCCGUUAAGUACGCUCUCUGCACUCAAGCACGGAUCGUCUAUCACGUGUAUUCAGUUAAUGAACAACAAAGACAAUAAGUAUUUGGCGGUUAUCGACUCAAAUUUGAACAUUUCUAUAGUUCAAAUUGAAAACAACAAUUGUUCUAAAAUACAUAAAAUAGGUAAAACAAUAGAAUCUUUUGAAAGUUUUGUUGAAACUUGCUCUAUGUUUAAUGGAAUGUGUUGGAACAGCCAGACCGGAUCGUUAGCAGCACUACAAUAUUCAAAUCUUAUUGUAUGGUACGAUCCGUUAUUACUCUUAAAUGAUCCAAUUCUAAUUCGGAAAUCUAUCGAGAAAAUUGAUUUGAGUCUUUACGGAACCAAAUUAGAAAUUGAAUCCUAUGAAGAUAACGUGAUAAGUUUGGUCAACGCGGAGGGUAUUAAAGUCGCCGUCCAAAUAACACCCUACUUAGAAAGCUUGAAGAACUAUAUCGACAAAGGGAAUUGGAUGGAAUGUCGUACCCUAUGUCGUGCUGUGAAAAACGAAGCAAUGUGGGCAGUACUAGCGGGCUCUGCUGUUGCCGCCAAGCAAUUAGAUACUGCCGAAGAGUGUUUCAUUUCAAUUGGUCACAUCGAACGGGUGUCGUUUAUUCAAAACCUCAAAACUGUAUCCGAUAGGUCAGAACAAGAAUCCUCGCUUGCCUUGCUCUGUGGAAAAAUUAACGAUGCCGAAUCGAUUUUGCUCAGAAGUGGAUCCACAUACAAAGCUAUCAUGUUCAACGUAAAGGCUCACAACUGGACAAGAGCUUUGGAAUUAGCGUUAAAGCAUAAACGAUACCUAAAUGUGGUUAUAUACGAACGCAGAAAAUACUUGGAAUCGUUCAAAAAGGAUGAAAAUAACGAAAAGUUUUUGAAAUAUUCAGACAUGACAAUUAAUGAAGAAGAAAUGAUGAAAGAAAUUCAAAGAGAACAAUAACGUUAAUGCCUGAAAACAGACAACUUAAAAAUGUAUUUUGAACAUUACACGUAAAGCAAAAAUAAUUAUAUUUUGCGAGCCGUUAGGCACAAAAUAUAAUGCAAUA